UUUUUCUCUUUAGAUGAUUUUAAACCAGCAUCGAUCGAUACGUCAUGUGAAGGGGAGCUCCAAGUUGGUAAAGGAGAUGAAGUAACAAUCACCUUGCCGCAUAUUCCAGGUUCAACUCCACCGAUGACUGUGUUUAAAGGAAACAAAAGGCCAUACCAGAAGGACUGUGUGCUUAUUAUCAAUCAUGACACUGGGGAGUAUGUACUGGAAAAACUCAGCAGCAGCAUUCAAGUGAAGAAAACGAGAGCGGAGGGCAGCAGUAAGAUCCAGGCCCGAAUAGAACAGCAGUCUGCCCGAGCCUCUCAGCCUCCACCACAGUUCAGAGCCCCAACCAAGCCAGCAGCUGGACCUAAAACUUCUCCUUUGAAGGAUAACCCUUCACCUGAGCCUCAGCUGGAUGACAUUAAGAGAGAGCUGCGAGCGGAGGUGGAGAUUAUCGAGCAGAUGAGCAGCAGCAGCGGCAGCAGCUCGUCGGGCUCAGAGAGCUCCUCGGGGAGCGAGGAUGAGAGCUCCAGCAGCGAGGGCGAGGAGCCGGCGCGCGCGGCCCCGGCGCAGCCGCAGUGCAACAGCAGGAGCGCCGUGGCCAACGGCACCGGCCGGCCCCAGGGAAGCAACCAGCUCAUGAACACCCUCCGAAAUGACUUGCAGUUGAGUGAGUCUGGAAGUGACAGUGAUGACUAGAGGCUGAGCUUUUGCUGGUUCUGUUGCAUAGACACGAAGAACUAUUUUACUUUGCAGUGAUCCUGUUGCUUAUGAAGACGAGCUGACACAGGGAUAGUUUCAUGAGUGGAAUUUUAAUGGAAGAAAUGCAUCAUCCUCCAAAAUAUCAAAUGCUGAAGGCAGUUUUACUUGGUGUAUUAAGUGUAUAUUUGUGAAUAUUCUUAUUCUUUAAAGUUUUAAAUAGAUAUGUACAGUGAGUAAGCCAAUAUAUGUUCCUGUCCCUUAUCUGUAAGUUUAAUGUGUAGCCUUUGCAGUCAUCUCAACAAUUCUUCUUUGUAGAAGAUAUUUGGAAACAUCG